GUAGGCGAUAAUUGGACAAAGUGGUGGAAGAAUCCGGAAGAAGUUGAGCUAUUCAACUUUAUUGGAAAGGAUAAUGUUGCUUUUCACGGUGUAAUGUUUCCUUGUACCCAACUCGGUGCUCGUGAUAACUAUACAAUUGUCAAUCAUGUAUGUGCAACGGAAUAUUUGAACUAUGAGGAUACCAAAUUCAGCAAAUCGAGAAAUACUGGUGUCUUUGGUGAUAAUGCACAAGAAACGGGCAUUGAAGCUGAUGUAUGGCGAUUUUAUUUGCUCUAUAUGCGGCCUGAGUCUCAAGACACGUCGUUCUGCUGGGAGGAUUUCGCUCUUAAGGUAAAUUCGGAGUUGCUCGCCAAUUUGGGAAAUUUCAUUAAUCGAGCGCUUUCAUUCCUCAGCAACGCCUUUGGAGGUGUGGUUCCAGAAAUGUAUCUUAACGAUACCGACGUGGAGCUUUUAGCAGGAAUCCAGGUACGAGAAACCGUCAUUAAUGUUCACUUUCAAGGAGUUAUGUUUAUCAAAAUUAAGGAGGACUCAGUGGAGUGGGAUCAGUUAAUGGACGCCGUGCGCCAAAAGGAUGCCGUAAGGGCGGUCCUUUCUAUGUCGCGUCGUGGCAAUCAGUAUAUGCAAUCUCAGCAGCCGUGGGUGCUCAUGAAAGGAGAUGAAGAAGAGAAAAAACGCGCUGGUACUGUCAUCGGAGUUGCGGCUAAUAUUUCAUACCAUCUUGCUACAGUUUUACAUCCAAUUAUGCCAGAGGUCUCAGCUCGAAUAAGGUCUCAAUGUGCUCUGGAACGCUUGCCUGCCUUUUCUGCAUACCCGUUAUCAUAUCUCAAACCAGGGCAUAAAAUUGGGGUGCCAAAACCACUGUUCACGAAAAUGGAGAGUGCUAAGGUGGCUGAAUGGAAAGCGAAGUUUGGUGGCUCAAAGGCCGUUGAGGAGACGCAGAAGAAGCGGAAAAGCCUAAGCAAGGUCCGAAAGCUGACGCCAGGUGAUAAAGAUUUGAAAAAAUCAGAAAACGCAAAAUCAAAGAUGGCAUCGGCCGGAGUUUUCGCAUAUCCUCAUCUAGCCAGGAAUCAACAGCAGAUCAAGCAACUUCUGGAUGCUUCAUACAAGAAAUUCGCUCAAGCACGCGACUUGUUUGUAAAGCAAAAAGGAGCUGAGCUGGCAGCUAACAUUUCGAAACUUGAAAAGGAAGUGGAAGCAGUCAAACGUCAAUUGGUCGAAGCUGAAACAGCGGCAGGAAUCAAGCAAGUUGCGGUCCCACAGAUCGCAAAGGCUGUGGAGAAAACUGAGUCUGUCACAGUUGCUCCUGUGACGACCCCAAAAAGCGAAACUUCUGAAAAGCCGUCCAAAAAGGAAAAAUCCGCGGGAGAAAAGAAGCAAGCCGUUGCUAGUGGUAGCAAGAAAAAUGAGAAUGCAGCUGCUGAUGAUCAGGUUGACGUGGGACGCCUCGACCUUCGAGUUGGUCGUAUUUUGCAAUGCGAAAAACAUCCAGAUGCAGACGCGUUAUACGUCGAGCAGAUUGACGUUGGGGAACCGGCGCCACGGACAGUCGUAUCGGGGCUCGUUCGGCAUGUCCCGCUUAACGAGGCU